AUGCCUGGAUCUCCACCACCAUACCGGCCUAAGGCCGACCUCGUCGCCAGAGGCAUCAAGCGACCCAGCCCGCUCGGCACUGCGACCUUUAUUGGGCUGCGCGCGCUCGACCCGUUUCUCCAGUAUCGCAUUCUCGCCCAUGGACUCGGAACAGGAUUCCUCGCCAAACUUGGCUUAUCAACCAUUCCCCUCAGCGCGACGGUCAUCACGCGGACGGGUUUCAAAAUAAUCGAUCAGCUCGGCCUCCCCCUCGAACGUCUCCUACUGCUUGGCAUGGCCGUCGGCUCCGCAGCGAAACAGAUCUUCUGGCUCACCUACCUGUCGCAGGAGGAAUUCCAGCCCAAACCCGCAGCCAUAGUCUCCGCCUUCAACUCCCUCUGCAAUAGCGCAAACUCCCUGCUACUUCUUACGGCUGCCACCUCUGCUGCGCUUUCGACUAAACCCUUGACGGUUCCUGUGCCCGGCACCCACGCGAAGCUGUCGCUGCCAGUGGCUGUGGGCACGGUCAUGUACGUUGUCGGUAUCCUGCUGGAGACAGCCGCAGAGCUGCAGCGCAAGAGGUUCAAGGACAACCUGGAGCACAAGGGUAGGCUUUGCAGAGAGGGUCUCUGGAGCGGGGCCAGGCACAUCAAUUACACUGGAUACACUCUCUGGAGAGGCGGGUACGCCCUGGCAGCUGGCGGUUGGGUCGCCGGUGUCGCAAUGGUCUCUUUCCAGGCGCACAACUUCAUCGGGAACGGAAUCGUCUCUCUCGACUACUAUAUGAGCCGGCGGUAUAAAGACCAAUGGGGCCGCUACAAAGAGGACGUUAAGUGGAAGCUCGUACCCGGUCUCUACUGA